AUUGCAACAUUUGGCGGUAUGGGGAAAUCUUGUUGGGUUCUAUGUGAUAAACUAGAUUGUUAGUGCUAUUCCUUCGUCGGGGAUGUAUACCAUAAUGUUCCGUCUGUGUAGACAACCAUCUUAUUGGAUAAGCAUUGGGCUGAUAGUUGGAGCAGGAAUGGGUCCAGUGCUUGCGUUGAAGUAUUUAAGAUACACAUACAGACCGAGUAAGAUUAAUGUUCUUCAUCAGACAAAGAGGUUAGGAGGGCCGAUAUUGUCCCUUGGAAGUAUAAUAGAGGCUCCUCAGGGAAGAGCAACAAAUGAGAAAGAUAUGACACCUUUGAGUAUAAUAACGUCACAGGCGAAGAACAACAAAAAUCCAGUUUAUGAACCGCUGUUGUCAGAUUCCCCAAAUGCCACAAGAAGAUCUCUAGGGUCGGGGACACCCUUUGAGUUCUUUCAGACGUCACAGUCUCGAUUAUCCUCUAGCUACUCUAGAAACUGCAAAGACAACUAACUAUCUAGAUAUGAAGAAAGAUACCCUCCCCAGCAG